AUGUCCGAACCCUCUUUAGAGCAACAAGUAAAGGAUCUCACCCAAUUGGUGCAGAAGCAGUCGAAAUUGACCGCCCAGACAGGAAAACAACUUAUGGAACUACAAGUUAAGGAUGUCAAGAGUAAAAUGGCCCAGAUCGACAACAAGCAGCCCAAAUUCGACCCCGAAGAUUUUGCCUCUAACGAAGAUAUUGCUCAACUAGUGUUUGAGAUCCUGAACCAACUAGAAUUCUUGGAGGACAGAAGCAUUAAGAGAGUGUACAACAGUCACCUUCUGAAGGAUAGCCUGGCUGGGGAGAAGAUAGCCCCAUUGUGCAAUAAAGAUGGCGAACCUGCACCAGCAAACUUCCCAGAAACCUUAGGUGAUUUGGAGAAACUUCCGCCGCUCGACUUGAUUAAGUUAUGCGAGUUCUACGACCUAUUUGUGGACCACUUAUCUACAGAAGACGAGAAACUACUCAAUUCAGAGGAUCUCUCGCCCGAAGAUGCCAUGAAAUUGGCCAAUGCAGCCGGCGGAAUGUCUGCCGAGGAUAGACUAGCAACCACUACUGCCGAUGAUCUCAAGGAGAUUUUCGAUGAGUUUGCUCGUUACAUUGGUGUCCGCAUCAGAAGGGGAACAGGAUGGUAA